AUUCACAUUCCAUUGAGUAUUCACUUUUACAAUAAAAAGUUGCGUUCAUGGUAACCGUAGAUUACUAAGCGUAAACAAAUGCUGUUCGGUUAAGAAAUAAAAUUGACCAAAGAACACCUCGCUAUGCCGCUUUCUACGCCAAAGUACCAGCUAGCACGAUGUGUAAAAUACGGACCGCCGGAACGAUCUGAAGCAGAACUGAGAAAGUUGGAAAAAUCUUUCGUUUUAGAUUGCGUUUUUGUGGGCACGCUUUCUGAUGAUUCUGGCCGUGCUAAUCCUAAAAUGGCGACCGCAAUCCCACCAUAUAAUGGGCAGAGAGACAAGUUUGCUAGAGGUUACUUUGAGUGUCCUACCAUACAAAAAGUGCUGAAAAAAACUGGGCAGGUAAAUAAUUAAAUUAUCAAUAAAUAAUAGUGUUAUGUUUUUUCAUAGAUUUUUUCGUAUUUAUAAAUACUCACUGACCUGAUAUUUAAUAUUAACGUUUUUACUGUGGUAACUAUGGUGAUGAAUGAUGAUCAUUGAUCAAGGUGUUUUUUAUAUAGAGUUAGGACUUUAAAUGGGCUAUUCCAAUUAUUACUGCACCCCCCCCCCCCCCUGGUGAGGAACCCCUUUCUCAUGUCGGUACUCCCCUGGAAUUUCCGCAAAUUUUCAUGCAUAAUUUACCCCUUCCCAUGGAAUUUCCUUGUAAAAAUUACCCUUCCCCAUUCAAUUUUAAAUUAGGCCUUCCCCAUGGAAUUUCCAUUUAACUCCCGGAAUUUUACUCCCGGAAAUUUCCCUCUAACAUAUGUCCUCCCAUGGAAUUUCCAUCCCAUCAAAUUUACCCCUCCCUUUGGAAAUUCCAUGUGAGAAUUACUCCUCCCCUUGGAAAUCCAGAGCCUGAAUGCCCCCUUCCCUGGAAAUUCCAGGGUUAAUGUAUUCCCUCCCCUGGAAAUUUAAAGUUAAUUAAUGCACCUCUCCCCUGGAAAUUCCAAGGUUAAUACACCCCCUCCCCUGGAAAUUCCAAGGUUAAUACACCCCCUCCCCUGGAAAUUCCAAGGUUCCUCAACAUGGGGGUGCAGAUAAUAAUUGGAAUAGCCCAAUAGGAUGAUGGGUGAGGUUUGAGAUGUGUGAUAUGGUCAUUUGGCAUUAGAGAUAGGGUUGCAAUAUUUUGGGUUAGGGAUGGAUUUCACUCCAGUUCUCAACUUGCGACUAAAGACAGGAAUCCAGUCCGACCCUGACUCGUCCCCAGUCAACUCUGUGAGCACGUGCGGGCGAUGUGUUUUCCAAUUCACCACGCGUUGCCUGUGCAUGCUCACAGAGAUGACGAGUCAGAGUCCGACCUGCAUAUCAUGCAGGCGUUUUUGGGAACCCCUCAGUGGAGGCCCUACUCUAAACCUAAACAUAACCUCAUCCCUAUAACCCUACCCUAACCCUGUCCCUAACCAGUGAUAUUUUCCAGGGGGAAUAUCCUCCCACUAUUAUCACUGGGGGAAUGGCAUUCUCCCUAACAAAACUCAAACAUGAGGGAACAGUGUUCCUCCCGACAGGAGUGAACAAUGCCGGACAGGCAGAUGAAGCUAAAUAUAUAUAUGUAUAUAUCUGCAGACAUGCAUGUUUUGGCAUUCUACGAGUCAUCAGUGCAGCUUGGUACACGUCUAGAUAUGUGAUGACCACCAUAUUUAUACUCACGAGCUUGCUCUCACCAAACGCAUGUGGUACAACACAGUGACAUCAACUCACCAGACAUGCACAGAGUAUCAUGGGGCCAAAGUGCUUAAUUAAAAGUGCUUUGAAUUAAGUGACCAUACCCAAUUAAGUAACCAUGCCCAUUACCCAUUAAAUUUUUACAAGCAUUCCCCCACUUCUAAAAUUUGGAAAAUGUAGUGUGUCUUUAACCCUUUCCCUUACCCUUUUCCUACGGAAUACAAUACUCUAGUGGCAAAUUUUUAAGUUACAUAUUUCCACCCUGUAUGUAUUUCCCAUAAAAAUGGAAACCCAUUGUAUAUGUUUUCAUACAUGUACACAUUAGUAUGCAAGUGGUGGCUGUUUUGUUGCCAAUUUCUGGUACCGGUAUUGCGAUGAUGUCUUGCAUCUCCAGAGCGUUUUGCAUUGUUUCUUUAACAGGGGCAGUAUGAUCAAAAUUUUUAUUUUCUUAAACGAAAGUGCUCGUAAAACUGUAUAAUAACUUGUUUUGAAGAUUUUUGUUCCCAUGCUUAGUUCUUGAGAUAUUUCAUUUUGUUUGUAACCAUGUGACAUCAUUUACUCAUGCAAUUACAUAUAUAAUGAGAUAUCAGUAAUUGUUGUGUAUCUGCUAUUUUUAUCAAAAUAUUUCGAAAGAUGCGGCGCGUUUGUUAAUUUAACCUGCAUCAUUAAGCAUACUGUGUUUUUUAACAAAUCGAUCAAAAAUAGCAAAGAUACACAACAAUUACUGAUAUCUCAUUAUAUAUGUAAUUGAGUAGAUGACGUCACAUGGUUACAAACAAAAGAAAUAUCUCAAGAACUAAGCAUGAGAACAAAAAUCUUCAAAACAAGUUACGAUACAGUUUUACGAGCAUUUUCGUUUAAGCUUUGGUUUAAGAGAAUAAAAAUUUUGAUCAUACUGCCCCUUUAAAACUAACAAAUGGUUUCCUUAUGCCUGCUUAUCAACCUUGUUCCCAGGCUCUUAUCUCUUGGGGAGGAUCUGCUAGUAAGGGGAGGAUCACAUGAUCUGCUAAAAUCUACAGAUUUUCAAUCUGCAGAUUUCUAAGUUAUAAAUUAAAGUAUAAAUAUAAAUCAUCAAUUAAAAAUCUGCUAGAUUUUAGCAGAUCAUGUGACCAGCUCCUACCAGGGUCUUUCCUCCCAGACUAGUCCCAAGUCCUCUGUGCACGCUUUUGAUUUCCGUGACGUCACCGAGCGAAACGCGCGCAAACCUCAUUAAUAUGCAGAAACGCGCAAUAGGCGUACUACAAGAGGUAAGAGCCUGGGAACGAGGUCGCCUGCUUAUCAGUGGCCUGGAGUGGGCAUAAAGUUUGAGUUUAGGGUUAAGGUUAGAUCUUGUAUUGAUCAUCUUAUGAUAUCCUAACUUAACAAUCCUGACCUGAACAAUGUGAGCUCAUCAACACCAGCUGGUUAGCUAAACCCCACAUACUAUGAGGAAAACUCCCAAAGAACAUUUCACUGUCAUUAUUUGGUUGCUGCAUAGUAGCUAGUGUUUUUCAUUUGCCUUCCAUUGACCAAUGACCAGUACAUUAUCUCAUGACAUCAGUGGCAAAGCUAGAGGUAGGGGGCAGGCAUAGUCACACUCACCCAUACACACCCUCUUAACAACUCCCUCUUAACAUUUGGAAAUGUUCAGUCUUCACUCCGUAUCAAAAUUCCUAGUCAGUUAACUACUGCUUGCUAUCAAAACCACUUUGUGAUGAUGUAGGAUGUGAAUCAAGGAGACUCUCUGUGUGGAAAACAAAUGGAUCGAUUUUACAUAACUGGUAGCAUGGGAACAAACAUCCAUUUAAGAAAUCAGAAUGGAGCAGGUAACUUCAAUACUGCUCGUACCUAGGCCUCUUAUUGUUUAGUGUCGUUUUAAUCUUUUUUAACAUUUUUAAUUAAAAUUAUAUGAAUAUACAGUAUAACAUUGAUUUUGACAUCUAUAGUCCUAAUAGUUUUUGCAAUUAUAGUCUGCCUCGUACCCACGUGUGUGUCUCUUGCGUGAGCGCGAAAAUGGACCGCGUGGAUGAAUUUGAUUUUCAAUUUUUCUUCCUCGUGUGUCGUCCCGCGUGCGCUUGAUGCAGUGAAAUGCCUGGGCUGGCUGGGCAGAAGGCACUUUUUUAUUAGAAAAUCUAUGUCUGCAUAAUUAUGUAAUAACUCUUAAAAGCCUUUGAAAUUUGGGGAGAGUUCAUUAGUGUAUUAUGUAUCGGAUUCGUAAUUGGCCUCGUAAUGAAGUUGACAAAGAGUAAAUUGGAUAUGCCCUUUAGAAACUUGUCUCUUUUACACUUUUUAUUAGGAAAUUCCCAGGAAGUUAUAAGAGGACACAGUAUGUUCAUGGAAAGUCCAAAACCAAUAAUUGGAUACCAUGGUUUGUAUGGGUUUAGACGAAAUACUCCCUGGCUUCGCCAAAAACCUUCGGUAUUCCUAGGUAAGUGUCCUGAAUCAUAAGGUGGCUGCCAUGGACGCCCUUGAAAGCCUUCGACUCGAUCAGGUUGAGCUGUGUCCUUCGUCAGUUCAGCUUAGCUCUCAGCUGCAAGUAAGGAUGGUUAAGACAUCUUUCUCUUCCUAAUUUCAAAAAGAAAUUGAAACUUCAAAUAAUUAAUGGCUACUAAAAUUGUUUGAUUAAAAGUUUGAUAUUUAUUUCUUUUGGUAUUUCUUUUGUUGUUUCUUUUCGUUUUUUUGCAUGAGCCUUUAUUCAUUCAUAUUCAUUUACAUUGGUUUAGAAAAAUCGUGUGUAUGUGUGUUCUGUGUUUGUUUAUAUUUAUAUUUAUUGAUAAUUUAUGUCCGUAUCUAACUUCUCCAACUCUAUAAAAUUAUUACUUUUCAUUAUAGAGGUCACCUGUCUCGAUUAGCCCACAUGGUUAUUACAGGUGGCCUUCACUCUCAGCUGAUCAUAAUAAGAAUAACUUUCUGUAUAUUUUUUAUGAGUGAAAAAUAAAUUGUUUGUUGUUUGUUGUUUGUUGUUUGUUGUUUGUUGUUGUUGUUGUUGUUGUUGCUGUUGUUGUUGUUGUUGUUGUUGUUGUUGUUGUUGUUGUUGUUGUUGUUGUUGUUGUUGUUGUUGUUGUUGUUGUUGUUGUUGUUGUUGUUGUUGUUGUUGUUGUUGUUGUUGUUGUUGUUGUUGUUGUUGUUGUUGUUGUUGUUGUUGUUGUUGUUGUUGUUGUUGUUGUUGUUGUUGUUGUUGUUGUUGUGUUUUAGCACACCCCACUUACUUACUUACUUAAACCUUCCAUUUUUGUGCGCAAGCCAUUUCUAAGCUGAUUGAGCGGCCAUUUUGCCUUCGGAAAUUUAACUAGAUAUUCUCUGCAGUAAUUCUGGCGUUGAUCAAAUCAGGAGACCCAUAACUAUUGAUAUCCGUUAAAGUUUUUCCAGCAGUUGCUAUAUAAUCUUCAGUUUAGAGGCAAUUUGAAAAUGGUCUACUUUUUGAUACACCCUGUAUAUCUUUAUUCAGCUUAUCAGCAUUAUCGCUUCACUGGUUGAGCUAAGUAGAGGAGAGGGUAGACAGAGGGUAGACCUAUAACCAGGAGCAGUUGCGGAAAUGCAACUAUAGCCCCUCUUGCAGGAAUCGAACCUGCGGCCCUGCGAUUUUGAAAUUUCCAUUCACAAAAUCCUUCAACAAAACUGUAGUUCAAUCGAAUGAGAUGAUCAAAAAUCCCAUAUAUACCUUACCAGUAACCAUGCAGGUACAGUAUAUGAACUUGUGGUUAGAGCUUGACAACUCUGUAGCUCAGUUGGUUAGAGCGCUGCACCGGAAUCGCAGGGUCGCAGGUUGGAUUCCUGCCAGAGGGCCUAUAGUUGCAUUUUUCGCAACUGCUCCUGGUUAGAUCUAAUAAAAUUUAUAAAUUGCAAAUGGUAAAUUUAUAAAUUUACACUCCAUCUUCAAAAUCCUUCAACAUUAAAUGUCCAAUCAAGUGAGAUGCCCAAACAUCCUGGUGAUAUUUACUCAUAGACAGAGGCUAUUAAAUAUUUUUCUUCUGGAUUGUAGGAAUGCAUGAGUUGAGGUUGGGUUAUCAGUAGUCCACUUAUUCUUAAAUCCUUAUCUUGCUUGGCGGGCCUGCAUGAUUUAUCCACAUACUACUAUAAAGGCUCUUUUCCAUUCAUCGCAAGAGUCAACUCGCAAGCUUGCUGCGAACUAUUUUAACCAGUCGCAGUGCUCGCAGUGUGUAAUGAAACACUCGCAGCAAGCUUGCGAGCUGGUUUUUGCCAUGAGUGCAAUCUCUUGUCUCAAGACCAAAAGUGAAAGAUUUUUACUUUUUAAGGUAAAGUUGACAAUCGUUCUUUGGUUCCUUGAAGAGAAAUGCCUCCCAGUAGCAGAUAGAUGAAUCUUACUCAAACUUUUCUUAUAAUAAUGAUUGCUUUUAGAAGUAUUCUUGCAAUUGCAAGUCAUAAGCAAUAAUGUACAGUAAAUCUCAGUUCUAUAAACUUUGAGUAAAUAUAGUAAGGAAUAGAAAGAGUGAGGGAAGAUAUUCGAUGAAACAUGAAAAGUUAGUUUAAUUAAGUUAAACCUCGUUCACAGGUGUGCCAAAGCAUAAAGACAUCUGAAGCUUCGACAUAAGCACAACCAUAAGCGCAGACAUCUAAGCGAAAGACAUUUCAAAGAGACUAUUUUAUUUGCUUUGUCUUUGAACGCCCUGGAAGUAAAAUUUACUUUUGUGUUUAUGCUUAGGGGCCAUUCACAAAGGAUGUCCGGCCAAAUGAUGGAUUUUCAGACCCCCCCCUCCCCCCCUUGUCCGGCAUUGUCCGAAUUAGUGACCCCCCCUCCCCCGGACAUCCGCCAUGCCUCGCAAAAACUCACGCAAUCUUGUAUAUAUCAAGAGUAAAAAACUUUUACUUUUAGAACUUUUUUAUAACUGUAAAUGUGAACACAAAAACAUAUAAAUUACUAAUUAAAACAAAAUCUAGUGUUAACCGCAUAGUCAAAAUGCCAAUUUCACAAUGGGAAAGACUGCUCAAAAUAGAGGGAAAAAAGAAAUUUGUUUUUGAAUUUUUUUAAAUUUCGGAUAUCCGGAUUGCUAAAACCCCCCCUCCCCCCUAUGUCCGAGUUUGUCCUGAUUUUCCAAACCCCCCCCCCCCCCUCGGCUCGGACAUCUUUUGUGAAUGGCCCCUUAUCUACUCCUACGAACGAGCGUUAAGAACCUCAGCCGACCAACUAUUCAAUGGCAACGUAUGGGCAUUAAUUUCGUUUUUGAUUUACCAUUACUUACGUGGCAACAAGUUUGUGAUAAUGAUCACUUUACCUGCGCGAGACGAGCAACAUCAAAGAACAUAUUAUACGGAACAAAUGCACCCGCGUGACUCGAUCGCGAGGUCCCUCGUUCAGCGGGCGAAGCGAUGAUUACGGAAUCACAAGAACCUCAGUUUCAAAUGUGUUAUAGCCAAGUUUUCUUUUAUUAUAAUACGAAAUUUGGUUAUUAAAAACAUUUAUAAUAACUAUUUACAUGUGUGACAAAAAUAUUAAAUAUAAUUAAUGUUCAUCUUUCUUUGUGAGAUAAUAGUCUAUUUUAUAUACAUAUUUUAAUGUUCAAAAAUACUAGUACCAGUAUGGUUAAUAAAAUGCUGCUAAAUAACACUCGAGCGUAUUCUUAUUUUAAUUGUAUGUAAAAGUAACAUUAACUACAACAUUGAUGAGGCAGUAAGUCAUCUCUGCUAAUUCUCUUUUACGUGUCUGUUUACUCUGCAUAUAAAGCUAAAACUGACAAAUUGUUUUUAUGGGAAAUCGUGCUAUGUGACAAUUACAAUAUAUGAAAAGAUUUCUCCAUUCUGACUGGCUGAGCGCAGUGCAAUUUCAUUGUAAUACAGUGCAAAUAAAUAUUCUUUCAGUGCCAAAAAAGUAAUUCGCUGCAUUUUUUUAAAUGUAUACGAACUAAUGUUUGGAUGGGAGAAAACAUUUUCUUGUUUAUUUUUUCCAGGCAUGGUAUUUACAAGAAAAAUAUUCAUAUAUUGUCUUCAUUUUAAUAUUUUUCUACACAUAUUAUUAAUCAAGUAAUACCAUUUAAAAUUAAAUAGCCCUAACCCUUUCCCCCCCCCCCCUGACCGCUUGAGGCAUGAGGUAGUAUAUUACUUGGAUCAAAUUCCUCAUGGGAUGACUAAAGCCCCGUUCAAACAAGUACAAAUUUAAAACAAAGUCGUAUCCAAUCCAUGAACAUCAGCUCACAUUCCCCCCAACAUAGCGUUCACACGAGGCCCAAACAUGUUGCAUUCAACAAUGUUGCAUUUAAUGUUGGACCAACAUGUUGGCAUUGUUUGAACGGGCAUUAAGUGGUCAACCAUUUGACUUCUGAGGGGGUGGAUAAUGGGUUGAGUGAAUGGGUGUGUGAUUUCGAGGAUGAUUUUAGAAAAAAAGUUGCAACCAGAAUUUUAAUGUGAACACAUGCCCUCAGUACAAUCGUUAGUCGUCACAUCAAUUUGAAAAAAACAUUCCUAUGCCAAAAAACGCCUACCUCUUCAAAUAUCAAAUGGUUGUUCCCUUUAAAUAUUGACAGUUUUAGCCGAAAUGAAUGAGCGAGCAUGUAAGACAUGCUAAUUUCGAACAUUUUGAACACACUAAAGUUUUUUUUACAUUAAAAUUUCCUAGAAAUAAGUGAUUACUAAAAUAUAUGCGAAAGUGCACUUGUCAUAUUGCUAUGUUCUUGAGUUUUCUCUAAAUACCUAUCUUCUUCUAUCAAUGAAUUUAAUAACGUGUUCAUAUCAUUCACUACCAUGUUGGAGGGACCAUUAUGUAAAACAGAUUGAUCUACCAUUUCGUUCGUAUUUAAAUUACUUAUUCCGUUUAACAUCGACUCGUAGGAACCGACUGGUUGGACUUGUCCGUUCAUAUCUUGUCCAUUGUUCAUUGGGCCUUGACCAUUCAUAACUCGCAUAUCAUUGGGAUGUACUUGACCAGACAUAAAGUUGUUCUGAUGUUGUUGGUCUCGUGCCUGCAACAGUUGUUGGUUGAUGUGCUGUUCAUACUGCCAUAAUCCUUUGUUCUGUUGAGGAGGCUUGUUUCCUUGAGGGUGAUUGGGAGGGUGGGGUGGGUAAAGGUAGUCUUGGUUUGGUGCGUCCAUCGAAUAUGGAUAAUGUGAGAGUUUUUGUCCCCUUUCCAAAGGUUGGGGUCUGGGUGCUGGUCUUGGAUUAUUGAACAUACUAGGUUGUCUCUGAGGAAAAUCAGGCAGAGGUUGAUUGUUUGGUCUCCUUUGCGGGUACUGUGGUUGGUAGAAUUCGUUGGGUCCAUUGGAAUAAUAGUGAGUUGCAGGUUCGCUACUUCUGCGUGGUCCUAUGUUGUUAUUACGUAAGGGCAGGUAUCGGUUAGAGCUAUCAGCUUCGCAUAUGAUACUAUCACUCAUUCUUCUGUUGGGAGGUGGAUCAGGAGGGUUCUGUAUGGGAACUUUGUGAAAUACAGGACUUCGAAUGACUGCUAGAUUAUGAUGACUACCAUAUCCACUACUUGACCGCCUUUGGUCAGUAUGGAAUGCAUCAGGGACAGGUGAGGGUCUGGCCAUAUCAUCAAAAUAUUCAUUGCGUCUGGGAUUAUUGUUCCAUUGAUUGAUUUGUGGUAGUUGUUGUUGUUGUAUUUGGUGAGCAUCACUUGCUUGUUUAUUGGGUGGAUACAUGUCUUCUGGCGUUUCUUCAACUAAAGGUGGCACUGCACCGUGUGGUUGUCUUGUAAGUGUACUCAUCUCACUUGAACGUCGACUGCUGAUAUACGAAGACACUCCACUCUCACUCGACCUACGGCUACUGUAAUCAACUGGAAUAUUUUCCUUCAAUUCGUUGGGAUAUCUACCAACAUGGCUCAUUCUCUGAGUAACAUCUGCAAUCCAUUUACCAACCUCAUUUUGUUUAUUGAUGGUUGGCAACGAGAGUUGGUUAGGUACAACACGAUUUUCAACCAGAAGCUCACCUCCCCCUCCUUGUGCAGGGCCAGACAUCUCAUGUCUAUCUGGGAAUGAAUACGGCAUAGCUUCUUGAGGUGAUCUUGGUGACAUACUGUUCUUGUUCUGAUUGGUAACUGGCUUACUCUGGGGACUCAAAGUACUCUCGUCCGGCUCAUCACAUACAAUAUUCGCUGAGUGUGGACUAUCAACACAACUGGACGAUGAUGUUAAAUCGCCAUUGAAACUUUGUGGUGAGAAAUCAACCUGUUGAAGAUUUGAUAUAUUCUUCCCCUGUCCACUUUCCUUCUGAUCUUUAGCACUAGGACUGGAUGGAUCUCCAUUUUGCUUGCCGUCAUUCGAGCCUGGAUUCUGUUUCCCUUGAGAACCAUUGACAGCUGGUUUUGUAGCAACAUUGUUUUUAGUGCCAUCACUAGGUUUACCUUUGGCUUCAUCAACUUUUGGCUG